AUGGCGGGCGGCGAGGCGGCGGGUGCGGGCUUGGGGUCCGGGUCCGGGUCCGGCCCCGCGGGGCUCCCCGCCGCCCGCGCCGCCCGCACCCUGCUGGUGCGGCACCUGCCGGCCCAGCUGACGGCCGACGAGAAGGACGACCUGCUGCGACACUUCGGGGCCCAAGCCGUGCGCGUGCUGGCCGACAGGGGACGUCUGAAACAUACUGCUUUUGCUACUUUCCCCAGUGAAAAAGCUGCCGCGAAGGCGCUAUCAAGACUUCAUCAGCUAAAACUUUUAGGUCAUACUUUAGUUGUUGAGUUUGCGAAGGAACAAGACCACGCUCACUCACUCUGUCAGACUGCGCCCACAGAGAAAAGUAAAAGGUCUGAGGAGCCUGUAGAAGAGGAAAAAGAAAAGAAGGAGACAGGCUGCUUAACAAUAGAAAAUGGAAUCGCACCAAGCCAUGGGCUGACGUUUCCUUUAAAUUCGUGCCUCAAGUAUUUGUACCCACCUCCUUCGAGUUCAAUCCUAGCAAAUAUUGCAAAUGCUCUGGCAAGUGUGCCCAAGUUCUAUGUACAGGUGCUCCAUCUAAUGAAUAAAAUGAAUCUACCCUCACCUUUUGGACCAGUUACUGCUCGGCCUCCCAUGUAUGAAGAAUAUAUGCCAGUGCACGUGCCUCUUCCCCCUGCACCUCCUCUGCCUCCUGAAGAACCCCCUUUACCUGAAGAUGAUGAGGAAAUAUCUAGCAGAGAAGAAUCGGAAUAUGAAAGUGGGGAUGAUGAAGACCGACAGAGAAUGGCCAAGCUGAUGGAAUUAGCAAGUCUUCAGCCAAAAAGACGAACAGUUAUGAAACAGCGCCAUGUGAGAAAAAAGCAAAAAAUAAGAGAUAUGUUGAGUGUACCUAUAGCUGCACACAGUAAUUUGCACACCGCGCUGUUACCUUCAGAUGUCUUUGAGCAACCACAGUCUUUGGGUCCCAAAAAAAUAGAAUUCCAUAUAUCUGCGGACAUACCAGCUGCAUUUCUUAGAGGUGUAGAGAAAGAGCAAAACUGUGAUUUCCCUGCUAACAGAGAAAGCACAACUAAUUCAGGAUUUGGAAAGAUCUUCCCAGCUCCCAGUGUGAAUGACAAGGAGGAAACUAAAGAGGAUUCUGAUGAAAUGCCAUCUGAAUUUGUUUCUAGGAGGGAGUUGGAAAAAGGCAGACUACCUAGAGAAGAAAUGGAAUCACUCUCUGUUUUCAAAAGCUAUGAACCAGGUGAUCCAAACUGUAGAAUUUAUGUGAAAAAUUUAGCUAAGCAAGUUCAAGAAAAGGAUCUUAAGUUCAUUUUUGGAAGAUAUGUUGACUUUUCAUCAGAAACCGAACGAAUAAUGUUUGAUAUACGCUUGAUGAAAGAAGGGCGCAUGAAAGGACAAGCUUUUAUCGGACUUCCAGACGAAAAAGCGGCAGCUAAAGCUUUAAAGGAAGCUAAUGGAUAUGUUCUUUUUGGAAAACCCAUGGUGGUUCAAUUUGCUAGGUCUGCUAGGCCGAAACAGGAUUCUAAAGAAGGAAAAAGAAAGAGAUAGAAUAUUGCUUAAGGUUCCUUUUGAGUUCCAUAUCUUUCAAGUGUUAUCCAGCUAUGAGAAGACCCGAGUUCUCCAGGAAUGUUGACUGUGCGUAAUCAACUUUUACCGUGCAUUUUAAAACUACAAAUCUAAACACAUUUAAAUAUUGCAUCAGAAUCUGUUCAUAUGUUCCUACAUCCCCAAUAAAUUAUUUUCAUUUUUCCUGC